AUGAGCUUGGGCGCCGCCGUGUUCGUUCGUCCACAGACACUUGCCCGCUUCGAUCGAACCAUGAAGGUGCUCCUCAAGCAGUCACCCAUGCGUGUGAGAGACUUGGCUGCUCAGGCACAACAAGCCAGUGCCUGCUACGGCCUGACAAUGUCGGGUCCCCAGAUGGCUGAGUACGCAGCGCAAGCUCAAGGCAGAACUCGAGUCAAGCGGCAUGCGGAGUUUGACAGACUGGCUUCAUUCGUUCGUGAGUUUAGCUGUGAGCUUGUGUUUGAACUGCGCGCACACACCAGCCAGGACGCCAGCGACAAAGACUUCUACAAUGAUGAUGAUGAUGAUGAUGAUGAUGAUGAUGAUGAUGAUGAUGAUGAUGAUGAUGAUGAUGAUUACAAUAACAGCGGCACGACCUCUUGGCUCGAACAAUCGCUCCUACGUUAUCUCUUGCAAGCGUUCGAGCAGGAAAAGGAUACACUGAAGGCGGAGAACGAGCAGCUCGCCACAACAUGCACUGAGCUCAAGUCCGAUGUUGAUCAGAAGCAGGCGGCCAUUGUAGAGCUGCGCGAGACCGUGGACGACCUUCAAGGCAAGCAGUCCUCCCUCCUGCAGGAACUGGAUGGCCUCCGCUCCACCUCUCGCACGUCAGUAUUGGCGACAUCGACGAUUGAGCAGCAGACGUCUGAGAUCAAGGAUCUGCACGACAAAGUGGCUGCACUGGAGGCGUGUGUCAAGGAGCACGAGCAGCAGGCAAUUGUCGACGAAGCAGAGCGGCGCCGCCUGCACAACAUGGUGCAAGAGCUCAAGGGCAACGUGCGCGUGUUUUGUCGCGUGCGCCCCUUUCUCUCUGGCGAGGACGCAUCAGCGGAUGAACAGCCAGUCGCUUGCCUCGACGGCAAGACCAAUACCCUUGCCAGCUGUGCAUGCAGUGCCAACGUAUUUUCAUCAAUCAAGCUCACUGUUCAUCCUUCCGCAAUGGUCCUUUGUUCCUGGCAGGUGUUUGACCGCGACAGCACACAAGCGCAAGUGUUUGAGGAGAUUGAGCAGCUUGUGCAGUCCUCCAUGGACGGCUACAACGUCUGCGUGUUUGCUUACGGCCAGACUGGAAGCGGCAAGACAUACACCAUGCUUGGCAGCGAUGACGAGGGAUCACGUGGCAUGAUCCCACGCGCUGUUGAACAGCUUUUCCAGCGCCAAGCGGAGCUUGCUGCCAAGGGGUGGGAGUACACGUUCAAGGCCUCCAUGCGGGAGAUUUACAACGAGGAGCCACGUGACCUGCUUGCCACGCGGGGAUCCGCCACCAAGCCAGUCAUUUCCUGGACAGCGCCCGUCUCAAACCUUUCUGAGUUUGCCGUCACCGUUCCAGAUGACGUGCACGAGCUGCUUCAGCGUGCAGAGACCAACAGGAGGACGGCCAAGACGGCGAUGAACGCACGCUCGUCCCGCAGCCACUCCGUCUUCCGCCUGCAGAUUGCGGGUGAGAACAAGGCCGCGGGCGAGGUGUGCAACGCCACGCUCAACCUCAUUGACCUGGCUGGCUCCGAGCGCAUCAAGGUCUCCAAGGUGCAAGGAAAGGAGGAGAAAGAGGCCAAGUACAUCAACAAGAGCCUGACCACCCUCAAGCGCGUCUUCACAAAGCUCUCCCAGAAGGCAUCCAUGAGAGAUGGGCAUGUGCCCUUCCGUGACUCCAAGCUGACCAUGCUCCUCAAGGACUCCAUGUGCAACAACAGCAAGUGCCUGAUGUUUGUGAACGUGGCGCCCACAGCCGCGUCCGCCAGCGAGACAAAGAACAGCCUUCGCUUCGCUGCAGAGGCCAACAAGUGCCACCUCGGCACAGCACGUGCCAACAGUGGCACCUCCUCCAAGUAG